AUGGGUCCAGCGGUGGCCGGCCUGAUAGCGUUCUCCAUGGUUGGGAUUCUCAUACGAGUGCAUAUGAGCCGCCUGUUCAGGUACCCGGGCCAGCCCAUAUACGAACUGAUAUGGACCCAAAUGGUUGGCUGCUUUAUAAUGGGCGUUGCUACUCGAACCAAGGGCAUGCUGAUGAGCCUUUCGCCAGCACUAAACCUCGGCAUAACCACAGGCCUGUGCGGCUCAAUAACGACAUUCUCGUCGUGGCAACUUGGGAUAUAUAAUGAGUUCUUUAAUGUUGCGGGUAGCGACCACACAAAGUUUAAAAACUUUUUGGGCGGGAUGAGCGUUCUGGCAACCACGUUUGCAUGUUCGGUGGCUGCAGUGCGGCUGGGCCAGAUAGUUGGUGAUGAGGCACGCUCGCUGUGCAACUACUAUUUGACUCGCAAUUUUUCGAGCGACGAUAACCCAAUCAAAUGGCGACCGGUUGAUUUUAUUUUGGUAGUCGCUGGGAUAAUUGGAAUUGCUGCCGCCACUAUUGUCAUUUCUCUUGCACCGAACACGCGCAGUGUAAGCAUUGCACUGCUUUUUGGCCCUAUAGGGACGUUUUUGCGCUGGAAGCUCUCUUUACUGAACGCACAUCAUCGGCGGCUCGACCGUGUACUACCAAAAGCCAUUGUGUCUUUGAGGCUACCUCUGGGAACUUUAAUUGUCAAUGUGGGCGGCACUAUAGUGCUUGCUGUGAUUUAUAUAUUUCAAACUGGCGUCGUUGUGCGCCCAUCUUUUGCUAGCUGUUAUGUGCUGGCUGCAAUGGCUGGGGGAUUCUGUGGCUGCUUGACUACUGUUUCAACAUUUGUGGUUGAGCUCGGCAUGCUGCGUUCUCGAGUCGCCAUGCUAUAUUCGGCUGCAUCGAUUGUGGCGGCCCAGGCCUCCUUUGUACUUAUUGUUGGAAUCUACUUUGAAACGUCUUCCGUAAAUUAUCCAACGUGCUAG